GUCAAUUUGCGUCGUCGUUGCCUGCAUGUUGGCAACGGCGGAGACGCAGGAAUACGACGCAACUCACGACGCAAAACCUGAGGAGUGUCCUACGAAAACCGAAUACGUCACCGAGUAUCAGACGCAGAUAGAGAAGAUCCCAAUCUACACGACCGUUAAGGAAGAAGUCAUCCUCCCCACGACGGUCGACAGCGAAGUCUACACGACCGUUGAAAUCACCACCCACGUGACGAAGCCCGUGCCUGAGUACGUCACGACCACCGAAUACAAGACGGACGUCCAGUACGUCACCGAAUACCUCAAAAACUACGUCACGGAGUACCUGACGUCUCACGUGACAGGCUUAGCCUACUUCCCGAAGUUCGUCACGGAGACCGUGUACACGACCGUUCACGAGGAGGCGGUACGUUACCAGACCGUCUACAAGACCGAGCAGCGGCCCGUGUACGUCACGUCGACGCAGCUGCGUCAGGAGACGGUUUACAAGACGCAGGUCGUGCCAAGGUUUUUUACGGUCAUUAAGAAAGUGCAGGUCUAUAAGACUGUUUGCCCCAAACCGGGGUAUGGGUAUUAUUAGUACUGUUAAAACCAAUUUAUAUUUUUUAAAUUAGGUAAAAAAUUAAUUAAAUAAAUGAUUUUGGCGUUAUAGAGAUAUUAAA